CGUGUUAAGAGAAUUUUAUAAAUUGAUGUUAAUAUGUAUAAGAAUGUUUUAACAUGAAAACACCGCGGUAGUUCAUCAAUUUUUUUCCUGUUUAAAUGUCUUAACCCAUGUCCAAAAAAAAUUCUGCCUCUCACAAUAUGUAAGUUAAUCACAGAUUAGACAAAACGUGUUUCUCGAACCUUAUUUACAUGCCAAACAUUGAAGCGUAAAUAAAAAAAUUUAUUUGUCUUUGGAAUUUCAGGUUUUUGCAAUCCCAAUGGAUAAUAUUUCUUGGGUUCACUAAAAAAAUUGUACUUAUACAAGAGUUAGUGUGUUUUUCUUGUAAACUGAAUUUUUGUUGAAUUUUCUUCUUCUUAAUUAACUGUUGCAUUUUAUUUUGUUUAUGUAUCAGCAUUGCUCUUAGGGUUAACCUCGUUAAAUAAUGUUGAAUAAAACAUUUUUAAAAAUAACAAUGUUUUAAUGAAUUAACUACAUUGUUGUUUAUUUUAUAAAGUCAUUUUGAUUAAUUAUUAAGAAUAAUUAUGAAUGACACUGAAUAGCGAUUUUCGUAGUAGCUCUUUAAUGAACGCCAUCAACUUCCGUUUUUGUAUCUCAAUAAAAUAAUGAUCGUGAUUGGGGUGAUGUGGAUGGGUGUUAGCGCGCGUCUACAAACAGGCAAUACAAUGCUUAUCCGUACCUCUAGAGGGAGACAUCCACUGAAGUGAACAACUGAACAAAUGAAAAUCUUUGAUUAGAAUACGAUCAUGGUCCGAUCUACUCGUCACCAGUUCAAGCAAACGGUAGUCCUUGUUGUCUUGUGUGCUACCACGUCCGUCGCCUUCCUCCUGGUAGCAGUCAUCACCAACAGUUGGUUGAAUUACAUGGAUGAUUUGGCCGUUAAUGACACCAUUUCGGACAUCUACACGGACGAUGAGAUAGUUACAGAACCAAAGACUACGCGUGUGUUGAUGUCAUCAGGACUGUGGCGGACAUGUGUCAUUAAUGGAAGCGAAAAAGGUCGUUGUCGUGACCUGGUCUCGUUUUCAUCUCUUCUGGAUCGUAAAGUACGAGGCACCUUCGGAGAUCCGGCCACCGGUUGGCUAAAGUUCACUUAUUGGUUAAGCUUCUUCCAUAUCAUCGCCAUGGUUACGGAUAUCCUAGCUGUUUUGGUUUUCGCAUGCGCAGUUAUGACCAACAAAGAUGAUCAUUUUAUAUUCAUAUCAGGAUUCACAUUUGUUAUCUCAGGUCUGAUUAGUAUGUUUGGACUGCUGGUAUAUAUCUGCGGCGUUAACGACGAGCUGGGAGCAUCUGUAGUAGAGUCAACCUUUGACACUGUUUUCGUCUAUCGUUGGGGAUGGUCAUUAUACUUUGCAGGGGUAGGCCUAACUUUAUCAGAAAUCUCCGGCUUCCUCGCUGUCCAAGUUUAUUUCUGUAAGAGUAAAUCCAAGUUGACGGAGGUCCGCUGGUGUGGUACGCGUUCACUUAGAAGAGUUUCAAUGAACGGUGAUAUCUGUCGGUUUAAAGACUCAUUGCGCCGAAUGUCAUCCACGUCGGCGCCGGCCAGUCAUGAAUUGACGUAUGUAUCACAUGAUAUAAACACGGAUGUCCAUCAUAUAGGAAAAAUUGGGUACCUACCGAUGGAUGGGUUUACGGUAACUUCGUCACAGACGGGUCGACAGCGGCUGAGACCACCACGACGAUCACUGAGGGAUCCUGUAGUUUUGAACAGUUUCAAUAGAUCAUUUGAAUCUGUAUUUAAAAUAACAUCUGUUUAAGCACAAUAAUCAAUAGUACAAAAAGAUAGUAACUCCGAAAAGAAUCAGAGAUAUUUUGAGAUUAAACGUUUCGAUCUAUUUGAUCAUUUGUUUAUUUUUAUUUAUUUACUUUAUUUAUUUAUUUAUUUAUUCAGGCCUGCCCAUCACAAGAUGUUGU